CGCGCGCGGAGCCCCGCUUCCGGCCGGCCGCGCUCCUUCCCUGGUGUGCAGGUUUCCGUGGCCGCAGCGCCAUGGGCAAGAAGGGCAAGAAGGAGAAGAAGGGGCGCGGCGCGGAGAAGACGGCCGCCAAGAUGGAGAAGAAGGCGUCCAAGCGCUCGCGGAAGGAGGAGGAAGACCUGGAAGCCCUGAUAGCCCAUUUCCAGACACUGGAUGCCAGGAAGACCCAGGUCACCGAGACACCGUGUUCCCCGCCCUCUCCACGGUUAAAUGCCUCCCUGUCUGCUCACCCUGAGAAAGAUGAGUUAAUCCUUUUUGGAGGUGAAUAUUUCAAUGGCCAAAAAACUCUUCUGUAUAAUGAGCUCUAUGUCUACAACAUCAAGAAGGACACUUGGACCAAAGUUGACAUCCCUGGUCCACCUCCAAGGCGCUGUGCUCACCAGACUGUGGUGGUACCUCAGGGCGGCGGACAGCUGUGGGUCUUCGGUGGGGAGUUUGCGUCUCCCGAUGGAGAGCAGUUCUACCAUUACAAGGACCUCUGGGUCCUGCACUUGGCCACCAAGACCUGGGAGCAAGUCAGAUCAGCUGGGGGUCCUUCUGGCCGGAGUGGACAUCGGAUGGUGGCAUGGAAAAGACAGUUAAUCCUUUUUGGUGGAUUCCACGAGAGCACAAGGGAUUACAUCUACUACAAUGACGUGCAUUCCUUCAACCUGGAUACCUUUGUGUGGAGCAAGCUGUCCCCGUCAGGAACCGGGCCCACGCCCAGGUCAGGCUGCCAGAUGUCCGUCACUCCCCAGGGCAGCAUAGUCAUCUAUGGGGGCUAUUCGAAGCAGAGAGUCAAGAAAGAUGUGGACAGAGGUACCCAGCACUCAGACAUGUUCCUGCUAAAGCCUGAGGAUGGGGGAGAAGGCAAAUGGACAUGGACCCGGAUCAGCCCUUCAGGGGUCAAGCCCACUCCAAGGUCUGGCUUUUCGGUGGCCAUGACCCCGAAUCAUCAGGUGCUACUCUUUGGGGGAGUCUGUGACAAGGAAGAGGAAGAGAGCCUGGAAGGCAUGUUCUUCAACGACCUGUACUUCUACGAUGCUGCCAGGAGCCGCUGGUUCCUGGGACAGCUGAAGGGCCCCAAGUCGGAGAAGAGGAAGCGAAGGCGGGCCAGAGCAGAGGACCAUGAAGGUGCCAGGGAAUUGGAGCGUGGGGCAGCCAGUGCCCCCGAGCCCCUGGAGGUGGUCAAAGAGGUGGUGGCCGAGGACGGGACCGUGGUCACCAUUAAACAAGUGCUCACAGCCCCAGGCUCAGCAAGCUGCCCGCCCCCAGAGGAGGAGGAUGGGGCUGUGGAGGCUGGCCCCAGGGUGGAGCCCUGUCCACGCUCCAGUGCCAUGCUGGCCGUUAAGCAUGGGCUGCUGUAUGUCUACGGGGGUAUGUUUGAAGCCGGUGACCGCCAGGUGACUCUAAAUGACCUGUAUUGCCUCGACCUCCAUAAGAUGGAAGAGUGGAAGGUCUUGGUGGAGAUGGAUGCAGAAACUCAGGAAUGGCUGGAAGAUACGGACUCAGAGGAGGAUAGCAGCUCGGCUGAGGGUGCUGAGGGGGGAGAUGAGGACCAGGACGAGGACAGCGGGGAGGAGACCGGCGAGGAGGAGGAAGGCUCCCACAGCUGAGUGUUUCCACCCCUUCUCCUGGAUGGAGCAGUGGCAUGGACCAUCCACCUGGGACUGAGCAGUACUGGCUGGAACUCACCAGGGACAACCUGGGGCCUGACACUCUGGAGAAGAAAGUGCUGGAGGUUAACUGAGGGUAGCUGAGGCCCUUUAGCAUCACCAGGUGUCAUUUAAAAUAAAUUGAGUGUGAACUAGG